CACUACACUCGUCUACACGAGCCUGCACGAAGUGUAGGUAAAAAAAAAAAAAAAGUAGCCCUAUAAGCAUAGUGACGCCGUAACGGAGGGCUCGGAUUAAUUUUGUUCGCUAGCUCCAUCCUGACACGCAUAGCCAGGCCCGGCCAUGCCAGGCCAUCUGGCCACGACGUGAAAAUUAGCGGACGUUCAUAUUAACCGUCGAAACAGUGCAAACGUUCUUUCGUCCAUUUCCGAAGCGAAAGGAAGCGCGGCGAAAAGUGAACCGGAGCGACGGGAGAUCUGUAGAGCCCGCUUAGUCAGCAAUGACAUCAAUGCAGCGGAGUCAGUUGUCAAAUCUGCUCUUGCAGGCCAAGCUUCAAGCCAGAGAAACAUGACAAGUUUAACCACUGCUGGCCUGUUUGGGGCCGUGCAGUCUCUGAACGAGACUGUGUUCAUGGCUUCAAUCAGCCAAUGGCUCUCAUGGGGUGCAUCGGCGGCCAUCAUUUUUGGUGGAGUUGUUCCUUACAUUCCACAAUACCGAGAGAUUAAGAAGACCAGAAAUGCAGAUGGCUUUUCAACGUGGGUCUGUCUGGCAUUGCUAGUGGCCAACACGUUAAGGAUACUCUUUUGGUUUGGACGUCCUUUUGAGCUUCCACUGUUGGUCCAAAGUGUUGUUAUGUCAGCAUGUAUGUUCCUCAUGCUCCAGCUUUGUGUGAAGACACACAACCUUAGUACCAUUGUGCCUCAACCAAAGCAGAGAUUUACAGAAAACCCAAGUGAAAACCAUGCCUGCCUCGAGGCGGUGGAUGUGGCCAAUCCAGACCUCACCCUUUGGGAGUCUCCCUGGCGUCAUUUUUGGGCCUGGACAGACUUCCUGAGCUAUGUGGAAUUCAUGGCCAGCUUUGCACUCUGCUCAGGAGCCCUCUUGUACCUGCUGCUUGAUGUAGAGCUUGUGGUAGAGGCUGUAGGCUUUGCAGCUUUGCUCACUGAAGCUCUGCUUGGGCUGCCUCAGUUCUGGCGUAAUUUGCGUAACCAGUCUACUCAUGGCAUGAGCAACCAGAUGGUGCUCAUGUGGACCAUGGGUGAUGUUUUUAAGACGGCUUACUUCAUAAUGCGGUCAGCGCCUUUCCAGUUCUGGGUGUGUGGCACCCUUCAGGUGUCCCUGGAUGUUGCCAUUCUAAUACAGGUGGGCUGGUAUAAGUACCGACCAGCAUCCGCAAAGGCUCCCAAGCACAGCAUUCAUAUCAGCUGACGGUGUCUGAUCAGGGACGGCGUUCACGUGCUUGUGACAGUGGCUUUUACUGCAGUGAGUGUUUUGCCACUUAAGUGUGUUUGUCUGCACUUUGCUUGAUACAGAUUUAUGACAUCAGAUAUGCAAGUCUCACUUCUCUUAGCGUCCCUGAUGCCAAAAAUUGUGUGAUGUGAGCAUUGAAAUGCUUCUGUUAUCUUUUGACAAACAGCGCACUGUUACUUUUUAUGAUGUAUUUAUAUGAUUUCAUUUCUGCCAGGUAUUGUCAAAUGCAGGCUGCGUAGAAGCAAAAGCAGGGGCUAACUGACCAUAACAUUUAGUUCAUGUGGCAAUAAGCUGCAGUCACUCUAUUCGAAUGAUUUACUGAGUUAUUUAUGAAUUUUUUGUGACUUCUUUGUUGUCUUUCAUAUGCAGUCUUUUUCUGAAGUACUGUACUUCCAUCCCACAUUUUUUGGUAAGUUCCAAGAUUGGGCAGCUUGAUCUCAAAAAAUUGAUGGAAACGCUGCAAGAAAAAAAAGGGGGGAGGGGGUGAGGGGGUGGUCUGAAAGGGCUGGAUUCUCACUGAGUGCUUCACGCAGAGACCUCACAACAGAGUCUCCAUAAGCAAGCUAUACUACCUUAUGCUCAUCCAGCUCUUUGGCCUAACUGAAAUGCCAAAGCCUCCCUUUCGUUUACUGAAAAGGUGACCUUAAAAGAGUUGAUACCUUACACUUUCACGCUCUUUGCGAGGUUUGACUAAGUUUGCGGGCUCAGGCUACGUUGUGGGGUUUCCCUAUUUGCUGUUUGGCUCAAGAAUGUACUGUUGCCCUUCAGGUCUGUUUCUACAGGUGACCUUUCAAAUGGCAACUUCAUUCUGAAACGAUUCACAUUUUUAUAGAUUUGGUUGUUCUCACAAAGUACAGACAACAUUAAGUUUGCUUUACGUGGUAACCAUGCUGACCUAUACGAGCUGUAAUUUUGGUUUGUCAAUACUUGCAAAAAUAUUUUGUUUGAUGCUUUUAGUGCAGAUAUAGUAUAUAUGCUACACAGUAGUUAUAUUUAUGUAAUAGUUCUAUUUAUGUAAUGAGCUAUGUAUAGGGGCUACCAUUUCUACCUUCUUCGUUUUUUUUGUACAUCAUUGCUGAUGUUGCCCUACAUAGCUACCAAUGGACUGGUCCUAAAGCAUAAAACUGAUGUAUAGGGACUGUUAAAAUUUAACGGUGAUGUCAUACUUUCUACAAAGCCUUAUGUGGUGCUGGCAUGAGCCCUUUAGCUUGGACCAUAUUGUGCCUAAUGUUGUUUUGCAUAUCAUACAGCCUAGUUCAAGCCUGUGUCCUGCAAAGUACAUUGAAGCCUGUGUCCUGAAAAGUACACUGAAUUAUCCUUUUAAGAAUGAAGUGUGUGGUGAAUGAAGGGUUGCUUAGUGACUCAUUGCAUAUUGAUUAUUGAAUAAAAUUUCAUGCUGAAUAUGAAUAUCCUGGCAGACUUAUUAUAUCAGAUAAGCAGGUACACUGACAGUGCACUGUUUCCUUUGAAAAUGUUCUGACAGUUGUGUAGUGGCAUUUUCAUGUGUGUGAUACCACACCUUGCACUGCUGUGUAAUUUAACUGAUGUAGGACACUUUAUCAUUAUGUAUGCAGUGUACUCAAUUUAAGAUGAACAUGGAGGGAAAGUGGAAUAUCCAGAGACUUAUUUCCAGAGGAUUUUGGACUAUGAAACUAAGCAUCUACCUAUGCCACUGCUAAAGAACUGUGAGGGCCAAGUUCAGGUUUAUUAAGCCAUCCUCAUCCUGGUUGACACUGUGUUGAUUGUGCCCUGAUAACAGCGCUAAAUUCACUGAGCAUUCUGUUUUCCACCUGUGUGCUGGGCUAGUUUGUCGCCUUCAGGACAAUGCCAUAAGAGAUGACACUGCUACAGAACCUUGAAAAUUUACUUCUAUUAGAGAAUUUCAGCAGCACUGAAUCUACGGGAACUAAAUAAAAGCUCCCAGAUGUUCUGCACAUCAAAGAAUUCAUUUUAACAAGAGUUCAUGUUCAAUAGGGUCUAUUGUAUUUUCAAGCUACUGGUCGCACAGAGCUGGCAGUUUGUGUUGAAGUAUUUAAGCUUAAUAACAGUGCAAAAAAGGACAUGGGCAGAAAGGACAUGACAGGUGCUCACUGCCAACUAAAUUUACUUCAGGAAACUUGUACUGAAGGAAAGCACGGAGUAGGAUAGUACAGGCACUGACUUUCUACCGAUUUAUUUUCAGUAAAUCUAUUUGGAAGGUAUUUUCCUUUGGUUAUUAUUCCUGGAAUUAAUUCAGUGGGAAGUUAGUGCCUGUCCUGUCCUUCUCGUCAGUCUUUUUUGUGCUAUUAAGCUUAAAUUAUGAACCAACUAGCCUAGCAUCUUGUGUUAGUGUGUAGAAGUAUGUAGAGUUUUCUUUUUCAUUUUACUCUCUUUGGUGAUUGUGAAAACUGCUGGUGUUCACACUGGAAUCCAUUUAUGUUCUGGAGAUGCACUAAAGCUGCAAAACUGUUCAGCCUUUGCCCAAAGGGAGUGGUGGCAAAAUGAACUUGGAGUACCACAGUAACUCCUAGCAUCGGCUUCUUGUAUUGGUUUUUGAACACAUCUUUGUGGUUCAGUCAGGACAAACAAACAUAAAGCUUAUUUCUUGUAAGUGUUAAUAUAAUGACUAAGCUAGUUCUUUCACUUAUGAUAUCUUACAUUGAAAGGGGUGCAAGGUUUUGUGGAGGCAGAAAGCUGGUGUUGAUGUUUUGUGGCGAAGUUGUGGUUGUAGUUCAAGAAAUAUUCUAUUUAUCAUAAAGGCAUUAUUGCUAUCUUUCUGAUUGUGUAUCCUUCUGUGAGUGGCACAACUCAGUGUGUAAACAAUGUUGUUAGCACUGUGUAGUUUCUAUGAGUGUUCAUUUGCUGAAAAGUCUUGCAAUUGGCAUGUCCUACUGUUGAGAUAUGUGACAUAGUAUGAAAUAUUAUUAUGUGUUGUACUUUUCUUUUCUUUCCUUUUUUUUUUUUUUUUGACAUGUCAGGGGAAGCUAGUAAGCUACAUGUACCUAGAGAUGCCAGCUACCUUUUGAGGACUAGAUUUGUGUGGCUUUAGCUACAUGUGUAUUUCACUCAGUCAUGUGCUUUACUGUGGUGCCUAAGUAUUUAAUGCUACAUAUUGUAAAAUUGUAAAUAAGGCAUGUACAAAAUGUCUUUAUAUAUUGCUACAGUUGAUUAAUAACUCAGACCACUGGUUGUGAUUUCUAAUUUUCUUCCUAACACUCGUAAAAGCUUAGUGUAAAGUGUAGGGAGUGCAUACCAAAGAAAACAUCUUCAUGUGACUGCUGGGGAGGCUACUGUUGAUGCAUAUAGGUAAACGUUGUGGUGCCAUGCCUGUCAAGCGUGUUCUAAUGCUGACUACAGACUGACAGCACUACUGUUUGACCUGAUACCGUGAAUUGAUUGUUCUGGUUGGGCAUGUAGCUGUCACACUUGUUUUCUUGCCGAAUGAAAAUAGAUGAGUGCUAUUGGCCUGGUGGCCAUUUCUCAGAGUUGUUAUUCUCGCCACUUGCAUGCUGCAACUACAAUGCAAUGUGAUGUGCAAGAGCACUGCAGCUGAAAACUGUUGUAAUUAAACCACUCCGCAAUGCUGUGCAACAGGCCAGUUUUUCAUGGCAUUGGUCUACAGGUUGCUCACUAAGUCACAUGCCAUUUUUUUGCCAUUGCUACCACCAGCUAUGGUUGCUAUUGUCUGUGAUGGCGAUGACUGUGGCAUUUGGAGGGUACUUAGUUUCCACGUUACCUUCAAAGAAAAAUGGUUUUUACUUUGAUUUUUAUGGUUUAGCAAAUUUUAUUGUGCACUGAAAUUCUGUUAAUGGCUCAUUGUUGGUGGGAGAAAAAUAUAUGUUGCGCUGAAGACAGGUGUUAUGUGAAAAUAAAGCAGAGCCCAAGAUAAGUUUU